AAGUUGGCUAACUGCUUGCUUAUAAAAAAUACAAAUAAAAAAAUUUAGUUUUAUUUCAAGAAAUUAAUAAAAUUAUUAAUGGUGAUUAAUGACUCACGCUUUAUUAUAAUACGCUGUUUAAUUUUUCACACGUACGUAUAAUUUUUUCACGAGCUCGGAAUUAGAAAAUCUCCAGGUAUUGUAGUAAACAUAAACAUAAACGCGGCACCCGUGCGGCUACAUGUAACAAAAUAUUCAUCAUGCGGCUGAUGACUGCGAUGAUAGCCAUUAAAUUGCAUUUUUACAGCAGUGCUCGAGAAAAUCGAAAUUCCACAUAAUGCUGCAUUGGCGCGGAAGGGGAGAGAGAGCGUAACGGACGCGAGACUCCGCCCCGCGCCGCGUCACGGCGCUAUCUUGUCAGCGGCGCGCAGCGCGCCGGCCCCGGUCUGGGCUCUGCCGCGCUACCAACAGCACGGAGCCACAGCUUGACGCAUUGCAGGUGCGUGCCGGCCAAUCAGGAGCGAGCUUAGUUCCGACGUUAGACGAACCGACAAGGAAGUCUUGUAAACAAGACCGCACCCUGCACCUAUAAAGCUCAUUCACUCGCGCCUCCGGAACUUAAUCCGCGUUCUGAACUCGAAUUCGUCGCAACUGCUGCGCUGGCGGUUGUCGUACGUGGAAUUUGCUUAGUGUAUUCGGAGUAAAUAAAUAUUUGUACCGAGGACGUAUUUUCUGUAGCGUGUGAAUACACAAGCGUGUGGACACUAGUGCGGCGGAGGCAUACCAGGCCCUGAGUGUUACUCAGCUUCGUCCGCCAGUUGCAGGCUGUGUUCGUGCGGAUAAACUGUCGUUGUGGCGGUGGUAGUGGCGCCGGGGACUUUUAGAAGGUAGUGCAAUCCGGAACGUAUCGACGAUGGCGGACCAGCUGACGGAAGAACAAAUCGCAGAGUUCAAAGAGGCGUUCUCCUUGUUCGACAAGGAUGGCGACGGCACAAUCACAACCAAAGAGCUGGGCACUGUCAUGAGGUCGCUAGGCCAGAACCCCACAGAGGCCGAGCUGCAGGAUAUGAUAAACGAGGUCGAUGCGGAUGGUAACGGCACAAUAGACUUCCCCGAGUUCCUGACGAUGAUGGCGAGAAAGAUGAAAGACACGGACAGCGAAGAGGAGAUCAGGGAGGCAUUCCGAGUGUUCGACAAGGACGGCAACGGCUUCAUCAGCGCGGCGGAGCUGAGGCACGUGAUGACGAACCUGGGGGAGAAGCUGACGGACGAGGAGGUGGACGAGAUGAUCCGCGAGGCGGAUAUCGACGGCGACGGCCAGGUCAACUACGAAGAGUUCGUUACCAUGAUGACAUCAAAGUGAAGAUGAUGAGCAGGCGACCUGUUCUGGCGUGAAGAGAACAAUAUUACCAAGAAAAACUAAACGAACCUGCAUUUCUGCUUUCCAUUCUGAAAAAAAAAAAAAAUACAAAAACUACUUGAAUUGGAGAUUGGAGUAGCAAAAAAUCUUGGGAAGGAGCAUUUUUAAGUUUGAUGUAUUUAAAAAUACGUGGUUGUAAGGCAAUGGAUUCAAGAAGUAUUUUUAUGUAACUUUUUUCUUAAGUUCAAAAACCCUUGGUAGUUUUUCGAUGUGGUUUUAUUGGUAAUUCUGUAAGGACCAGUCACUUCCACGCGAAAUCAUUAGGAGUGGAGAAAAAAAAUUGUGACUCUUUAAGUAGUUGUUUUCAACAAACCAGAACACUUCCGUGUGUGCCCCUACGAUUGCAGAUUGAUUUUCUUCCGGUCGUCCGUCGCCUCGUUCCAGCGAAGCAACGUGCAAGAAGGGCAUAAAUCCCACAACCUGUCAUGUCUGUUUUCUGUUUUGAAGUGUUUUCUGUGAAAAAUUAAAGUAGAGAGUCUAAAUGUUGUUUCCAGUCGACUUACAGAAUAAUGCAAGCACCUUGUUCAUAGCUGUAACAUUCACGUAUCAGAAGUUUUCUCGUUUGUGAUUGGGCAGGAUGGGGCCGCCCCAUUCUGCAACAUUCCUUCUUAAACAGCCUGUACAAAACAAUAUGUUGUGUAUGAUAAAUUAAUAUUAUGGUAAGUCAAAUUACAAUUGAUGAUGUGUUGAAACUUUCACUUGAUGUAACGUGUUUUUUUUGAGCUGUCUGCUGGACUGUGGAUGCAGUGCUAGCGUCGGACUGACGGCUGUGCAAGUGUCGACGGUACUGUACUUCCUCCACAGCGAUUGUAAUUAUUGUAUUGUAUUUGGUGACCUUAGAAUUGCAUUGAAUAUAAAAGACAAAUAAAUGUGUUUCUUCAUUU